CGCGGCUGUCAAACCGACGUGCACAAUUCCUUCGAUUUCAUCGUGUCGCGAUUGCGUUGCGUUCACUUUUUGUACAGUCGGUACUCUACCAAUUGUGCGUGUGCCAAGUGUUUGCAUUUUUUCUUUUAAUUAAGGAUAUUUUGAUCUGCAUUAUACCGAUUACGAGAUUCCCAAGGUGCUUUUAAAGGCCCGAUACAGGCCCUUUGCUGUUCCAAAAAUGCCCAGCAAGUGUUCUCUGUGAUGUUUACUGUGUGAAAAUUAAAAAUCUUUGGACAAAUGUUUGAAAAUUGUGUAACAUGAAUUCCGAUCAACGCAUUUUAAAAUGGAUGGUACUAUUCGUUGGAUUUUUUUCGUUAGCUUGUGCAGUAGUAGGAAGUCCCAGGAUACCGGUCCCGUUCCUCGAACAAUUAGACGAGCGCAACGACGCUGAAAUAUACAAGGCGGUCGUGGAGUCGAUGAACGACUGGCAGCGGAAGCACAAUCUCAAGAGACAUCGCACCAGGUCCAAACGUCAAGAAGACCAGUCGAGAGUGUGCUAUGACGAUCUGGGUUGCUUCGAGGCGUCGGGUCCCUUCGGCUACUUGGACAUGUUGCCGAGCAAGCCCGAGGAGAUCAGCACGAAGUUUCUGCUGUAUCCCGGAAAGAGCCGAAGGAGGAGCGGCUCGCCGCCCGCCGAGGUUCUCUACGAGAACAUGAAGGAGGCCUUCGAGUGGGCCAAGCAAGGAUUAAACGCCAGUUUGCCCACCAAAGUUUUAAUUCACGGGUUUGGCAGCGAUUGCGGCUAUAUUUGGAUUUACGAGAUGCGAAGCGCCCUUCUCGGAGUGGAAGAAGCUAACGUGAUCUGCGUGGACUGGGAGAAAGGCGCGCUGCUACCAAACUACGUGAAAGCAUCCGCGAACACGCGUCUAGUGGGCAAACAGCUGGCCAACCUGAUCAAAGGCCUCGUAGAGCACAACGGUCUCUCGCUCAGGAACCUGCACCUGAUAGGCUUCAGCCUGGGCGCUCACAUCGCAGGCUUCGCCGGCGCCGAGCUGGGCAACGUCAGCAGGAUAACCGGACUCGACCCUGCUGGACCGCUGUUCGAGUCGCAGGACCCGAGAGCGAGGCUGGACCAGAGCGACGCUGCGUUCGUGGAUGUUAUCCACAGCAACGGAGAAAAAAUAAUCCUGGGUGGGCUCGGGACGUCCCAGCCAAUGGGGCACGUGGAUUUCUAUCCGAAUGGCGGGAGGGAGCAGAUUGGGUGCAGUCAUUUGUUUGUCGGAGCUGUCAGUGAUAUUAUUUGGUCCUCAACUGUGGAGGGGAGGUCCUUGUGUAACCACCGAAGGGCGUACAAGUUCUUUAUAGAUUCCAUAUCUCCACGAUGUCACUUUCCUGCUUUUCCUUGCGACUCUUACGACGACUUUUUAGCCGGAAAAUGCUUUCCCUGCACGGACGAAAGAAAUUGCGGAAAUAUGGGAUAUUAUGCCGAUCGGUCCAAAGGCAGAGGGCAACUUUAUCUAGCUACACGCGAUGAAGAGCCUUUUUGCGCACAUCAGUAUCACGUCAAAAUCGAGACCUCACCGAGCCCACUACCCAUCAAAAGUUACGGGAAAAUACAAAUUACAUUGAUUGGAGAUUCAAUGUUAAACGAGACAUUCAUGAUGACAAGAAAGGACGAUGAGGAGAUGAAAUUAGGCGAGUCCAUAUCAAGAAUUUUAGUACCACAUCCAAUACUAUCCCAACCAACAAGAGUACAAAUUUUAUACACUGCUUAUAGAGGUUGGUUAUCAUCAGGUUUAACCCAAUGGACGAUGGAUAAAGUAACUCUAAUGGAUAGUUUUGGAAAAAUGUCAUCAGUUUGUAAGAAAAAUUUGGUACUUGAUUCUGGAGUACCGGUAACGUUACCUCUAUAUCCAGGAGAGUGUAACGUACCCAAGGAAGUCAAAGUGGAAAAAGAGGCGGAGGAUAGAAUACAAGAUCUAAAUUCUAUCACGAAUUCCACUAAGAAGGAGGGUUUUAUACCAACACCUGUUGUGAGAGUUGGCAUAGAAGACGUAAAGGAGUUUAAGAAAGAGACCAGCUUAUCCGUGGAAAGUGCCCUAGGGUUGUUAAACCUACCAUGGAAACAUGAAGAUGACAACAAUCUGGAAGAAAUGGAGACCGAAUCCAGUCGGGCUUUCAACACUAGAACCUACAAGAAAACUAAAGACAACAAAGAGGUUGAAAACCAAGAAAUUGUCGAACCUAUUUUGAAACCACAAUCAACGAAAAAUGCCAGAUCGCACAAUCCUGAUAAGGAUAAACCCGAAAUAACAGAACCCAUUCUGGGUCCAACAACAUCAAAGAAUUUCGUACCGAAUAAAGUCGAAUCUGCAGUAAAAAACGACUUUGUGUCUAAAAUUACAAAACAAAGUAAAGAAUUGACUUAUAAUUUUUACGACAGUAAAGAUUCUGAUGAUUGGGUGCCCACAGUGCAGUCCACGAAAGCGCCGGAAGACAAAAACAAACGUAAAGAUGAGUCUAAAGUGUUCUUAGGCUUCAAUCUACCUCCCCCAGAUGAUAAUCCUCUUGAAGCUAUAGUCAGUACGCAGAGCUGCAACAAGUCAGUUUUAAAAAGACUUAAAUCUUAAGUCUUAAGUCAAUUCCAAAAUCAAAAUGAUUUAAAUCUUAAG